AUGGAAAAUCACAAGACUCCAGUGAUCGAGUGUCUGAAGGAGAGCAAGAGGCAGCUGACCCAGAGAUGUCACCAGAGGAUCUUCAAACUGCAGGAGGUGGAGAUGGUAGACCCCGAGCUGGACUAUCAACUCAUGAGGGUCUGCAAGCACAUGAUCAGACGAUUCUGCACCGAGUCCGAGGGCAAGAACAUGCUCCAGUGUCUCAAGCAAAACAAAAACAGCGAGUUGAUGGAUCCCAAAUGUAAACAGAUGAUCACCAAACGCCAGAUCACACAGAACACAGACUACAGGCUUAACCCGGUGCUGAGAAAAGCCUGUAAAGCUGACAUCCCAAAGUUUUGCCAAUCCAUCCUCAACAAGGCCACAGCGGAUACAGAGCUGGAAGGACAAGUCAUCUCCUGCCUCAAACUCAAAUACGCAGACCAGCGCUUGUCCCCAGACUGUGAGGACCAGAUCAGGGUGAUUCUCCAGGAGUCUGCGCUGGACUACAGACUGGACCCUCAGCUUCAGAUCCACUGCACACAAGAGAUCUCGCGGUUGUGUCCGGAGGAGGCUGCGGCUCAGGAGCAGACGGGACAAGUGGAGGAGUGUCUCAAAGUGAACUUGCUAAAGAUAAAACAAGAGGGCUGUAAAAAGGAGGUGUUAAACAUGCUGAAGGAGAGUAAAGCGGACAUCUUCGUGGACCCUGUGCUUCACACGGCCUGCGCUCUCGACAUCAAACACCACUGUGCUGCCAUCCCACCGGGCAAGGGCCGCCAGAUGUCGUGCCUGAUGGAGGCGCUGCAGGACAAACGUGUGCGACUGCAGCCUGAGUGUAAGAAGAGGCUCCAGGACCGCAUCGACAUGUGGAGCUACGCCGCUAAGGUGGCUCCAGCCGAGGGCUUCUCGGACCUGGCCGUGCAGGUGAUGACGUCGCCCUCCAAGAACUACAUCCUGACAAUGAUCGGGGCGGGCGUGUCCCUGCUCUUCCUUAUGGGCCUGCUGUGCGGCCGCUUCACCAAACGGGUCACGCAGGAGCUCAAGGACAGAUUUGUGGACAAAAUAAGUUGUAGCAAAAGUGUGUGUGCUGAAGGAGACGAGCCUCAUACUUUGGCGCCUAAUCUGCACAAAAAGUGA